AUGAGUCCGGACCCUCACGCUGGUGAUCGCAAGGCUCUCAAGCAGCGUUCAAAAAAGAUGAACGCCGAGAGACUAAAAUACCAACAAACACAAAGCGAGUAUUUCCCUCUCACUGACAGUCUCAUCGUCCCCAAGAGUCGUGUUGCUCGCGCUUUGGAUGCUUGUGUCAGGUAUUUGCAGACAACGACCCGUGUCGUAUCUCCUCCCGCUAAUAAUUUCGUUGUUAGCAAUCUCAAGAACCCAGGGAAGCAGCUCAAACUCAGAAGAUCUCGGUCCUUCGAGUCUGAGAGCAGAAUCCCGCCCCGCGACGUUACGCAUCCCGCAUCUGAUCUACCCGCAGUACCAAAUCUGAAGGAUCUGCGUGAAAAGGUGAGAAAGCAAGUGGAGAUUUCAUCGCAGUUGAUAAACAAGGCAAGUAUCUCACUGCCUCUGCUCGGUAGCCCAAGAAUCUGCAAGUCAGCAAAACUGACGGUCAAACAGAAGGAGCUUGAUAGAGCAUCCCCAAAGGAAAGUUCUUUCAGAAGGAAGUUCAGCAGAACGAUGACUGGUGACUCUGUCAAGAAAGCCAGCAGCAUGGACAGAAAGAGCUGGCAGACCCAGUCCUCCUCCGCAGGCAGUGGAGGAAAGACUCGUUCUGUCCGCUCUGCCUCAGUCACGGCGACUGAUAAAGAUCUGGUUGAAGGAGAUACCGCAGCACCUAUUGAAGGAGGCCUCGAGAAACUCAAGAUUUCUGAGGGCCUGAAGAGAGAGGGAAAGCCUGCUGCUAUCACCACCGCGCAGCCAAAGGUCGUCAAGUGCCUCAGAUUGCCUGGCGACUAUGUGUUCCUUGAUCUGGAGACACCCGGAAAGAAGAGCAACGCGAACAGCGACUCCAGCCCAUGUCUUUCCCCCAAGGCCAAAGGUACCGAAGGCGAAUCUGCUGAGGACCAAUCUGUUGAGGACGAAUCUGGCGAACCUGCAAACGACCAGGACCCAAGAGGCAUUUUCGAAAAAAGACUCGAUGCAAUCCACCACAUCGUGAAGAACAUAUUUCAGGGACAGCCAGAUGAGGAUACCAAGUCCGGAAAGGCUUCGCAGGAUGCCAAAAAAUGGGACACAAAGAACACAAAGUGCAUCAAGUGCUUCGGAGACUGCCCAGUUUGCGGCAAAGCAUGCUGCAUCUUCGACGUUGCUCGCCGCACCGCUGCCCAGGCAGACCCCACCCCUGAACAUGCUGAAGCCGCAAACCAGAUCCUUAAGCUCAUCCAGAGCCUCGGCAACAGCGUCUUGGAGGCGAGCACCUACUCCCUGUGCACCACGCCCGGAGGUUGCGGACGGUAUGUCUGCUCCGACUGCUGGGGUAUCUGUCCGGUCGAGCUAUGCCGCGACGUCCAGUGCAAGCUCGCCGCAGCGACCGAUUCGACUUUACCACCCAACGCCAACCGACAAAACCUCGUCUCGACCGGCUGCGCAUCUCCAACAUUCAAGAUGCGUACCUACGACGAUUCUUUCAGCGGCCAGAAGAUCUACCCUGGAAAGGGUAAGCUGUACGUCCGUGGCGACAGCAAGAUCUUCCGCUUCCAGAAUGGAAAGUCCGAGUCCCUGUUCCUCCAGCGCAAGAACCCUCGCCGGAUAGCCUGGACUGUCCUCUACCGCCGUCAGCACAAGAAGGGUAUCUCUGAAGAAGUUGCCAAGAAGCGCACCCGCCGUGUCGUCAAGCACCAGCGUGCCAUCGUCGGUGCCUCCCUUGAUGUGAUCAAGGAGCGCCGCAGCAUGCGCCCUGAGGCUCGUGCCGCCGCCCGCCAGCAGGCUAUCAAGGAGGCCAAGGAGAAGAAGGCCGCUUCCGAGAGCCGCAAGAAGGCUGAGAAGGCCAAGACCGCCGCCACCGCCGCCAAGGGCACUGCUCAGCGCAUCCAGAGCAAGCAGGGUGCUAAGGGUUCUGCUCCCAAGGUCGCCGCCAAGUCUCGUUAA